AUGUCCGACAGCGAAGAGAGCACGUUGUCUGUGUCUAAACGCGUGCGACUGUCUAUGUCACAGGAUGGUUCAGGUGAUGACAUUGUAGGAUCAGAAGCUAGUGGGGAGCAGAGCAGGGAUCAUACAAGCAGUAAUGAUGACAUGUCAAGUACAACAAGUGCCCCUAUUGAAGAUAAUCUUCGCAGUGAAACCCCACCACAGAAUAACACCCGCAGGUAUGGGCGGGGCAAAAAUCGUUUCCGGAAAUCCAAGCUGCAGUACAAGUGUGUCAAUUAUCUUAAAGAGGAUCAUGCUCAACCAAUAUUUGGUGUUCAGGUGAAUCACAACCACAAAGAGGGUGAUAGCAUCAUUUUUGCUACCGUUGGUAGUAAUCGAGUAGCUGUAUAUGAAUGUCAAGAAAAUGGCAAAAUCAAAUUGCUUCAAGCUUAUGCAGAUCCAUCUACUGAUGAAAAUUUCUAUUGUUGUGCCUGGACAUUUGAUGAUGUCACUGGGCAACCUCUGUUGGCUACAGCAGGCAUGAGAGGAAUUAUCCGUAUUAUUAGUCCCGUUACUAUGCAGUGUAUCAAGAACUUCAUUGGACAUGGCAAUGCAGUUAAUGAAUUGCGAUUUCAUCCCAAAGAUCCAAACAUGAUGUUGUCUGUCAGUAAAGACCACGCCUUACGGAUAUGGAACAUCAAAACAGACAUUUGUGUAGCGAUAUUUGGUGGAGUAGAUGGUCAUCGAGAUGAAGUUCUUAGUGCGGAUUUCAAUAUUGAUGGCAGUUUUAUUGUCUCUUGUGGAAUGGACCAUUCUUUGAAAAUCUGGAACAUCAAAACAGAAAGCAUUGUAAAAGCCAUGAAGGAUUCUUAUACAUAUAACAGCACAAAAAGUAAUAGACCAUUUCCAACAGUUUCUAAUCAUUAUCCAGAUUUUUCAACCAGAGAUAUUCACAGAAAUUAUGUUGACUGUGUUCGAUGGUUAGGCAGAUUCAUUUUAUCAAAGUCUUGUGAAAAUUGUAUUGUGUGCUGGAAACCAGGUCACCUCAAUCAAACGGAAUUAAAGCACUCAGAUUCAACUACAACUAUUCUACAUAGAUUUGAGUACAGAGAAUGCGAUAUUUGGUACAUGCGAUUUUCUCUCGACUACUGGCAAAAGGUUAUGGCUCUAGGAAAUCAAGCUGGUCGUCUGUUUGUGUGGGACAUGGAUGUGGAUGACCCAACAAUGUCAAGGUGCACCAUUCUCACCCACAACAAAUGUGCUACAGCCAUUCGACAAACUGCCUUCAGUCGAGAUGGCAAUAUUCUAUUGGCAGUGUGUGAUGAUGGCACCAUCUGGCGCUGGGACCGUAUCAAAUAA